GCCGCGGGGUAUUAAGAUAGAUCUAUCAUCAUCAUCAUCUCCGUCGUCGCCGUCCGCUCGGAAGGGUGGAAAGGAAAGAAAAAAAUCAGAAAAGAGAGAAGAGGAAAAAGAGAGGGAGGAGGAAAGGAAAGGACGGACUCCCCGAACGAAAACGGGUGCAAAACGGCGCGCGCCGUCGCGUCGCGAUCCCAAUCCCACCCAACCCCAGCCACCGUCGCCGUCGCCGUCACCAUCGCGUGCUGGGAUCACAAGGAGGAAUGAGGCGAGCAGGCCGAACGGCCCAUGACCGUUCCAAUGCCCAUGCCAAGAGGCGAGAAAGAACGUGGCUGGAUGAGUCGACAGACCGUGGUUUCCCUCCCCUCCCCAAAUCCAUCGCCCCUAAUGCCUCGUCCAUCCCGUCGCGCCAUUGCUCGGCGCUUAAAGAGGAAAGGAAAAGGGUGAUGAGUGGAAGAACACAUGGGAUGACUGACCCGCUUCGUCCUACCCUAAUCGUCCCGUCGCUCUCGACGCGUCCACGUCUCUCCUGGCGCGUAUCCACAGAUAUUCGUCCCGCGCUAGGGCUGGCUGGCUGGAAGGAAGGAAAGAGGUUGGGUGGGGAGAGGGGUGGAGACCGUGUCUGUUCGCUAACAAACCAAUCGACCAACCAACCGCCCGUCCUCGUCCACGCCGCCCUACUUGCUAGUGCCGACUCAGUCAUGAGGAAUGCUGACAACGAAGUUUUGAUGAGGAAUGGCCAAUUUACGAAUUUGCAGAACACUCGAAGAUUUUGCGCUUCAUGCCCAGUCUGCGUCAGAACAAAAUCACGUACAAUCGCUCCAUUUGGCCUCCUGAAAACAUUGCCAAUCCCUUCUCAACCAUGGGAAUCCAUCGGGAUCGACUUGAGCGGAAUGAUACACCUCGUACCCACGGUUCAAGCCUAUAUGGCACCCGACAUGGCAGGGGUCUUCUUUGAUCCAGUGCAUAAGUUGCACGACCCAAAACGGAUAGCCAAAUGCUGAGACAGGCAGUGUCUCAAAGCCAGAAAGACUGGGCUUCUAAAUUCGAACUAGCGAUCAACAUGUCGACUUCCGAUAGCACAGGCUAUUCACCAUUUGAAUUGAAUGGGAUACGACAACCAAACCCUUUGCUCAUAUCACACGAAUCACCGUAUCCUAGUAUCCGGACGGCAGCAAGAAAAAUAGCAUCAAUCAUGCUUGACGCACACGACGCUAAAUCAGACAUGGAUUACCAACAAGCACCGAAAAGAAGUGACAUUUAAAGUGGGCGACCUCGUGUAUUUGUCCUUAACUUAGCGUCGCCGGGCGCGAGCUUCGAA